AUGGUGGGAGAUAUUGAAGACGAGAAGCAUCCUCGUACUCUCCUCAAGACUUGUUUUGAUGUUGUGGUUGGUGAUAAAGUAUCCUCCAGGGAUCUUGAACAAGGCAAGCCGCCUGUGGGAUGUUCAAGAGAAAUCCCAAUGGAUCUCCUCAUGGAUAUUCUUUCGAGAGUUCCAGCAAAGUCUAUAGCUAGGUUUCGUUGCGUAUCAAAACUCUUGCAAUCUUUUCUUUGCAGUCCUUAUUUCGCGGACUUGUUCUUGACGAAGACUCUUUCAGUUUCACCCCUGCUCCUUUUCACCGUUGAAGAUAAUGGCAAGUUAUUCUUCUUCUCUUCACCUCUCCCUCAGAAUCCAGAUGACAAUAAUACCUAUCUUGUACCCACCCGUUACCAAGUUCAAUAUAAGAACUGUCCCGCAGAUUUUUCGUUUGAGAUCGAUUCUCCUCUUUGUGGAUUUAUCUGCCAUCGAGAUAAGGGGAGUGAAGAUACUUUAGUUGUUUGUAACCCAGUCACAGGGCAGUCUGUAACUCUACCCAAAGUGGAAUUGAAGAGUGUUGAUCAUACUAAGACGACAAUACCUUAUUUAGGGUAUGAUCCGAUUCAUAAACAGUUAAAAGUGUUGCGCAUCAAGUCGGGCUAUAUCCCUAAUACGUGUGAUGAGCAUCAAGUUCUGACGUUGGACUCGGGAAAACAUUUAUGGAGGAAAGUCCAAUGCAAACCCCAUUAUCCUAUAUCAAAUGGAAUAUGCGUUGAUGGUAUUUUGUAUUAUACAGCUAUAUUCUAUAGGCCAAUCAGAGUUUUCAUGAUAGCGUGCUUUGAUGUUGUGUCUGAGAAGUUUAGCUUUAUCAACAUAGAUGAAUCCAUGUCAAUGACUGCUUCUUGUACUUUGAUCAACUACAAGGGUAAAUUAGGUACACUUCAGUUUGGUUUUCUCUCUCAAAGUCAUCUUGAGUUGUUGGUUCUUGAAGAUGCUGAGAAAUAUAUUUGGACCGAAUAUAGCUACACAUUGCCUCUUUUGUGGAACGACAAUUUUGAGCGUAUAGAAUUAGUUAUUGUUGGAAUGUCUAGUGGAGGUGAAGUUGUCUUGUCACCCUGCAGCUACUGUCCAGUAGACGCAUUUUACAUAUAUUACUUCAACCUUGAGAGUAAGAGUCUCACAAGUGUUCCAAUUCAACAAAGUCUUGCAAUGUUUAAGGGCAAGAGACUUUACACCUCUCUAGACUAUGCUGAGAAUUUGAAACUUAUCUAA